AGGACCAAUCGGACUUGCAAGUCGAUUUAGGUCUAACUCAUCCGCCGGAUAGGGAGGUACGGCGAGCCUUCAUUGGGAAUAAGCUAUCCAACCCGAUCACAAGUAGUGUCAUUGACCACCCCGGGCCUUUGCUCGAAUGGGGUCAUUUGCACUUGGGAAAGAAUCCGGAUCGGUUCCAGCUUCUUGCAGACACUCGCUUCCCUUUAUCCCUUACCACAGGGGAAUGCUUUUGCCCAAAAAUUGUCUCCCACUUCUUUGAGGCAUCGGCUACUUCAAUUAGCAUGGGAUCAACUAUCUUCGGAGCCUCUACCAAGCUAGCAAGUGGCGUAAGCACCGACGAGUGGCGGAAGCAUCAACCGUGGCGGAUACACCCGACCUCCGGAAUACACUUGGCUUAG